AUGGAAUCCAGCGAGGACGAGGAUCCGUCAAGUAAUGCACAUAAACAAGUAGGAUUACCGUACCACGUCAAUUACAUGAUUGAUCCAAAAAAAUAUUACAUUCCAAUUUUUGUACACGUUACCACAUGCGUUAUAUCUUACACAAUCUUGAUGCUUACAUUCGACGUCUUAUAUAUGACGCUCAUCCAACAUUGCUGCGGUUUAUUUGUAGCUUUGAGAUAUCGUUUGGAAAACGCAUUUGAAUGCGAAGGCGAUGAUUUGCAGAUGCCUGCGAGGAAUAAACUUUACUCGAAUAUUGUGUACAGUAUUCGAAGGCACAUGGAGGCGAUACAAUUUUCCCUUGCUAUUGAGUCAAUACAUAGAAUACCGCUCUUCAUACACGUUGGAGCUAAUAUAUCGGUUCUGAGUAUUUUAGGAUUUCAGGUAAUAACGAGUACGGAAGAUGUCAAUCACUUGUUGAAACACACUAGUUAUCUAAGCGCACUCUUACUCAACACAUUCUUUGAAAAUUGGCAAGGUCAGAAAAUAAUAGAUUCCAGCGAAAAGAUACAAUGCGGAAUGGUACAAAAUGCCAAUAGCGCAAAGAAAGCUUUUCAUUAUGAUCAUCAUGAAAAGCAGAAAAUCAUUGAAAAUAACCGCGGGUAA